GCGGUAGGCAUGUAUGUGAUGUCUGUUGUGCACCAGGUCUUUAUGGUUCUCACGCGUGCGACCUCUAUAUAUAUCGUCUCACCCCUCUCUGGCUCACACUUGACUUCUCUCUCCUUGCCUCCCCCUCCUCCUCGUCUUCUUCCCACCCACACAGGCUACACAAGAGCGGCGACGGAGGAGAUGGCAGGCUGCGGUGAAGCCAAGACAUCAUCGGUUUCCAUGGAUGAAGAGGCAAGCAUGGAGAGGAAGUUUGGCGGGAUUGCGCCCAAGAAGCCUCUCAUAUCAAAGGACCAUGAGCGUGCCUACUUCGAUUCUGCAGAUUGGGUCCUCGGCAAGCAAUCUGCAAACAGCAGCUCAAGCGCUGCGGUCGAAUCACUGAAGCCCAAGCUGAAGAGAACUCCUCACCACCAGCUCCCCCCUCGCAAGCCCACCUGUGCGUCUGGCUGAGACAUAAGGGGUCACAUUGCAGCAGCAGGUGAAGAGCACGUAGGGAGGAGGAUGAGUGAGCUCGGAUUAAUGUUGUUUAGCUGGUCCUAAGUUCGUGGCAAACAUCUUUGCAUGCGAAUUGGCAUGGCACUUGCUGCCUCUAUGUCUGUCACAAGUCAUUAACCGUCGUUAUCAUGGUUAUUAAGUCACACGGCAUUUCGUGUUUCAGAAACCUUGCUAGUAUAUUCGUCUUAAAUUCACAAGGUCCGUACAAAUCUUUAUCUAAUAAUAAAGAGGCUAUCGCUUCCGUCGGAAAA